GCUUUAUGACGCACUUUUGCACUUUUAUGCCUUUCAGCGCAACUAUCCACACUAAUAGAAACAACAAAUAGUCGAUCACGUUUUUCUAACUCGUUUUCCCAUUUUUUUGUUCUGCUUUGCUCAUAAAGUCAUGACAUCCAUGCGGCCCCACACACUUAAAGGCCCGGGCAACAAACUGGCGCGUCGCGAUCCGGUUGAUCAAUAUUUGGCUGACCAACAUUUGUAUCGCAAGCUAAUGGUUAGGAGUGAGAGCAGCUUGUUCCAAGUCGUGGCCGAGCAGAUGUAUGAUACACAGAAUCUUCACUACGAGGUGCGAAUGGACUGUGUACGCUUUAUCAUGGACAAGCGUCGCCUAUUCAGGAGAAACAUAACGGGCAAUUUCAACGACUAUCUGUCGAAGUUAGAGAAGCCCAAUACUCGGGGGACGAUGAUAGAACUACGCGCCCUAUGCCUUAUGUACGGCCGGAAUGCGAUAUUGCAUGAGCCAAUGAGGCUGGGCACGCCAGUGACGUUUAGCGAUAAAUACAAGAAGAAUUUUAGUGUUUUCUUCGACCAGUAUGGCAAUUUCGAUGCUGUAUACACGAUGGGACACAUUGAGGAGGCAGCCAUUUGCCAAUCCAUCACAUUUAAGAUGCUUUACCAGAUGUGUUUCAAGCUGCCGGAUGUGAGCCUGGCAGCUGAGAAGAUGCUGAAUCCGGACACAUUCUGCGAAGGCACUACGCUGGAGCAUAGUCAAAAUGGUACAGUUGUCCGCAUUUUAUGCAGAAAUGGACGCAGCUUCGACGUGGACUCGCCAGAGCUCACCAGCUGCCUAUUGAAAGACAAACAGCUCUGCGACUUCCACAAUCGAGUACGUUGGCGAGAGUAUGUGCAGAGAUUCGGACGAGUGCCAUUGUCGUGCACGCUGAAAUGUAUAGAUGACAACAACGUGCCAUUUUCGUAUUCCGUUGCCAAGUGCCUAGACCCGAAUAUCUAUCGAAAUGUGGAGCUCAGCUCUUUUCUUGUGAUGAAAAAAGAGGCGAAGAAGUUCCAGCUAUAUAUCGGGGACGAUUUCAACGCUCGUGCCCAUUGUCUGGUGGAGCGACACAAAUGGCUAGGGCAUAUGACAAAGGGUUUUAUACUGAAAAUAGACUGGAAAACAAGCACAUUCACUGUUUAUCUUGAGGAAACGGGCACAGUGAUGCAAGUGCCUCGGUAUGCAGUGCAUCCGCUGCCACCUCGUCAAUUCUGACCAAUUUACAACAAAUGAAAUUACCUCGGAUCAGUGCAAUGACAGAAUUCUAAACUCGGCUCUUGAAUUUGCUGAACUGAAGAAUUUUUUGCAGUCACCCGAGUUGUUAAAUUGUAAGCGUCUAAACCUUUUUUCAAUCAUAGAAUUUAAGUCCUUCAGUCGCUUUUCGGUUGUAGAACUUUCUGAACUUUAAAGUUAUAUCUUAGUCUUUAAUAUAUUCUUACAGUAAACCAAAUUCAAAUACGUUCCUGAAUAUAACUAUUAAUUUUUUUUUUUUUAAUUACCUAUUUUUGGAUACAUUUUGUAUAAGAACUGGAAUAGGUUCUGAAACUAUAAAUCAUUUUUGAAAAAUAUUUUAAAUUAAAUCAAGCUUUUACGAUAAAUUCAUGUUUCAUAUGAUUCUAGAAUGUGGAUUUUAAACAGGAAUAAAUUAGUUUAUUUAUUGUUUCUUAGUUCUUUGUUAAACCUUUUUGUAUUCAUUUAUUUGAAUUUUGUAAUAUAAUUUAUAUAAUAUGUAAACUAGUCUGGAUUUAAAUAAGCUUUAAAGUAUCGAUCAAUUUCCCAAAAAGUGAAUCUGUUUUUUAUUUUUUUUAUUUUGUUAUUUCACCUCUUAAUACUAAAUUUUGACCCAAAGAUAAUCUUCUAUGCAGCACUGGUGA